CGGCUUUACCCAUCCCAUAGCCGGCCUAGAAAUCCGGUUGGCAUAGUAUAACUUGCGGUGGCGUAACUGAGCCUUAGGAGGAAGGGGGGCGAAGAAUAAUCGUUCUUCUCUUGGCUGGGGUUAGCUUUCCCUCAUAGGUGAACUCGUCCCAUGGGGAAUAAGCGAUAAGCCAUCAGGACAACCCCGAUCUAUUCCAGAUCGACCAAAGAGGUAAUGUGGCAGAUGACAUACUUCCUACGAGUGAAGUUGGGCUUAGUUCUGUACGAAGUAUAUCGGUAAAAAGGUAGCGGUCUAAGCAUAGAUUGAUAAGUAUGUAAUACCCCAGGAUUACAUAUUACUAUCACCCUAUAUUUCCCCUUGAACUCAUACUCAUGCGGUUUGCCCGGUAAUACUUGACAAGCUUUUCAAUAUCUUGUAGAUACCCCCAGCGUACUGAAUAUUAGCUUAGCAUGGCGAUAGGUCAUUGCUAGGUUGUAGAAUUAGAUCUGACGGUUUAGGAAAGCCCAUUCACACUGGCUGGUAGAAUGUCAUCCGCCGCCGAAUUAGACAGUUUCUUGACAAGAUACUAACAUGGAUCCGUUAUCCAUCUCUGCGGGGGUAGCUCAGGUCAUCUCGCUCGCUGGCACUCUGGUCAAAGGCCUUAGUCGCUUCGUCGUGAAAACCAUAAAUAUUCGUGAUACCAUUCAGGAGGUACACGACGAAAUUCUCGCGUUGCAAGUGGCUUUGGGCGAAAUACAGAAGACGCUCAAAAACCGACCACGACAGUUACCAUUUGAACGCGACCAUCAUACUAAUAUCCACCAAAUCAUACAGUCGUGUCAGAAGUCACUAGGAACCCUAUGUGGCGAGCUUCCUCAGCUUAAGGAAAAAGCAGGGCCUUUUGAACGUAUACGGCGGAGUCUCGAGUUGUCGUUGAAGGAAGAGAGGGUAGUAGAGGUUGUUCGUCAUAUCUGCUCAUAUAAGACUGUCUUGCAAUUGAGCCUCACAACUUUAUCGUUAGGCGUAUUGUGGGAGACGGCUAGCUCGCAAAAGCAAAUCAAGGUCGAGAUUCGAAAACUAACCGAUGCCAUUCGACUAUCCCCUCACUUAUUCGCAAGCCACAGAAGAGAUGUACCGCCAGUCCGUACCCUAAGUCCUCGCUCCGGUUUAGAGGAAGAUGACACAGACGAAAACACAUUAGAAAAAGAUAUUAAAAAUUGGCGCAGGACGGCCGAUGAUGUAGCGACGGCAGUGACCCUCAAUGGGAUUGAUAAGCGGUCCGUCGACACACACUCCAUUCAGAACUCGUCCGUGAGUGUCGACACAUUACCAUUAUAUCAGGAAGACGCAUUCGACCCAGAGCCAGAUUACAGAAACGUGCAAAGCAGCGAAAUCCUCGAUUACCAGCUUAAGGCCAACCGGGAUGCUGUGCGAAACUUACUGCAAUGUGGGAUCUUCGUGAAGGCAGCCACCUAUCAGCAGCGAGGCAUCGAGCUCAUGAAGCAACUCUUAGAGACCCAGGACUUAUACGGGACAGAUGACACGUCGGACGAAAAGCUCAUGGACAUGAAGGAAGAAUUAGCGGAUAUAUUCUUGCAAUGUGAUAGCGUCGAGUUUCACCUUGAAGCCAAGACCGUACUAGAACCGUUGAUCUCCGAAGUAGUCAAGCCAGAGGAGAGCCAAGUCGACAACAAUCGUCGAGCAAGACUAUACCAUAAGCUAGGCGAUAUCCACUUCGGACAGGGCAACGUUGUUCAAGCGAAAAUAUUUUUAACCCGCGCCCUCAAUGGUCGAAAUCAAAUACAUCCCAGACCCCUGGAACUUGUCGAGGAAACGGCAGAACUAUUAGUCCAAGUACUACAACAAGAACAGGUACAUGACGAAGCGCGUGGUAUCCGUGAUUGGAUCCGGCAGGAACUUCGUCAGGAAACCAUCCUCUCCUCAUUGUCACCGCAGACAGCGCCUAGUGAUCUGAACAUGAACGGCCUAACCAGCGCCUAUCAGUGGUGCAAAGAUCAGGGCAGUAAGUUUAUUUUAUCAUCUGCCAUCCGUUUUGUUCUUACUCCCAAGUAGAAGUCCUGGCCACUGGAUCUUAUAACAUCAUGCGUUUCCAUGAUGGCUCCAGAAAUAGUAGUUGCUGACCUUCGGUUUUGUAGUGAAUGUAGAUAGCGAAACUUUUAGCUUCGAUUAUUGCGACCCGGCAUCGGGAAUGACACCAAUGCAUCAAGCGAUCCAGGAGGAGAACAUCGAGGUGCUACAGCAUAUGGUGUCAAACGUAGCGCACGUAGAACAACGCGACGCGACGGGAUCGACGUUACUUCACGCAGCAGCUGCAAAGCGCAAUCGUCAUAUAUGCGCAAUACUUCUUGAAGAGCGACAAGCAAAUCCGGACGUUGUGGAUCAUAGCGGUAUGACGCCCCUUCAUA